GGAGGGCACAUUCGUUCUCUUCGCACGGCUGGUGUGGGGGACGCCGCGCCUGCAAUAUUUGGCGUGGUUUUGUAAAAAGCAAUCCAUUAGGUUGUGUAUAAGGUGGAAAUAUCCUUGUGUGAAACCACUGGGCCGAAACCAGGCGAAUAGAAGAAUUUUGGCGUAGCAAGAUCACUCCCAUAACAGCCUGUGUACAGCUCGGACCGAGCGUAGCGGACUAAGUUGAUUUAGCGUAGGCGUCACAUACUGCAGUGCAUCUGUGUCGCUGAAUCUAUUUAUUGUCUCAUUAUCACACAAAACACGCUAAACCUACCCCAGCAUUUCUGUCAAGAUGUCUGGAUUUGAUGACAACCCAUUUGCAGACCCAUUUGCGGACCCGGCCGUGAAGACGGCCACGCAGAGCGGCGCCGGCGGCCUGGAGGAGUACAACCCGUUCGACCAGCAGCAGCAGGCGCGACCGGCCGCGCCGGCGGCGGCGACGACGACGACGGCCGGCGCCGCCCCGGCCGUCAUGUCGCCCACGCUUGACAGCCAACCGCCGGCCUACACGGCCUCAGCCCAGCAGCAGGUCAACACUGAGCAGCUACAGGCACUACGGCGUCAGCAGGAGGAGCUGGAGCGCAAGGACGCCGAGCUGCGGCGCCGCGAGGAGGCGCUGCGCACGGGACAGCUGAACGCCCGCCAGAACAACUGGCCGCCGCUGCCCGCCUUCGUGCCCGUCGGGCCCUGCUUCUACCAGGACAUCAACGUCGACAUUCCGCUGGAGUUUCAGAAGAUCACGCGCCACUUGUACUACCUCUGGGGACUCCACAGUCUGGUGCUGCUGAUCAACGUGAUCGGAGGCCUGGCCAUGAUGAUCCAGUUCAGCGAGUUCUCCAUGUUCGGCCUCGCGCUGCUCUACUUCGUGCUCUUCACUCCCGCCUCCUACGUGUGCUGGUUCCGACCCAUCUACAAGGCGUUCAGGAGUGACAGCUCUUUCAACUUCAUGGUGUUCUUCUUCGUCUUCUUCUUUCAACUGAUGGUCAGCAGCGUGCACGCGAUCGGCAUCAACAACCUGGGUGCCUGCGGCAUCAUCAACGGCCUGGCUGCCAUCGGCGCCGGACAGACGGCCGGCAACUACGUGGUCGGCAUUUUGGCCCUCCUCAUCGGCAUCGGGUUCGGGCUCGUCGCCCUGUGCGACUUCAUCCUGAUCGUGAAGGUCCACAAGAUCUACCGCACCACGGGCGCCAGCAUCAGCAAGGCUCAGCAAGAGUUCGCCACUGGCGUCAUGCGCAACGAGACGGUCCAGAGCGCCACGGCCGACUUCGCUUCCAACGCCGUGCGUAGCCAGAUGGCCCAGGGCGGCGCCGGCGACCGCCGCUUCUAAGCGGCGCCGCGCAGGUGGCAGCACCAUCGCGCCGCCAGACGGCAGCACUCGCCCGGCGGCGCCGUGGCCGCCGGAUAACGGCUGAUGUGAAGACAGGAGAGAGCGCGCGCGAGGCGCUCGGAUCGUGAUCGCCUCGGCGCGAGAUCAUGGAGCUUGGUCUGCGUCCCAGUGGGUACCGUUGGCGAA